CCCCUUUUUUAAUCACAUGGUCAAGAAUGCAUGAGCUCAAAAAUUAUACUAUGCAGCUCCAGCUCCGCAGCACAGCAGAAGAAGUAUCCCCCUCUAACCAGCACAGCAAGCCCAGUCAUUGAUGCAUACUUUAUAGGUGACUAUUGAACUGCACAACAUUUAGUUGGCCUAUCUAUACCCAUAUUUAUAAUUGGACUGCAAAUGGAUCCGAAACAUAUUACAUGUUCAACAAGUGUGGUUGAUUUCUGGGCCAAAGGGCCUCCAUUCAGAGCAGUCAUCGGUCUUGUCUGCUUGUUAUCAGUGAUCGGAUCUCUGUUGAUAAUAUUCAGUUACAUCUUCUUCAAGAGUCUAAGAAGCCGUGCUCGACUAAUUCUGGUGCAUCUUUCUGUUGCUGACCUCGGUGUGGGACUUGCAAACCUUGUCGGAAACUUUAUCUAUUUUGAUCGCUUUUAUUUCACAGCUAAUCAAGUAACGAUACACAAUCAAACAGUAAACAUUUCUUUGUUCAGCGAAGAUAGCGACCCGGACAUGCCUUGUGUUUCCUUCCAUCAACCCAGCAGCAUUGCAAUCAGACAUCUCUGUGUCUCCCAGGCAUUUAUAGCACACUACUUUACUCAUGCGUCCAUCCUCUGGACCAUUAGCCUGGCAGUGUUUCUGUACUUCCUCAUUGUGCACAACACCACAAAACUAGCCAACUAUUCGCUAACUCUCUCCUAUCCCCUGUGCUACUUGCUUCCACUCUUAGUGUGCAUUUGGCUUGUCGUGACUGAUCGAUUUGGAUACUCUCCAGCUAAUUUAGGAUGGUGCUCCAUACUCAUUGUCAAUGCAGAAACUAACAAGCCUGACACUUAUGCUGCUGCGUUCGGCUAUGACCUGUGGAUCUACCUGGGGAUGAUUCUUGUGCCCAUUUUGUAUUUGGCUGUUCAACUAUAUAUAAGAGAAAAGCUAAGGCAGACCAAGCUUUACCUUCCCCAAGCUGAGGGGAGGUUCUGGGAGGCAGUACACAUCCUAGACUACAAUUUUCUCCUCAUUCCCAUUGUUUUCACACUGUUGCGAAUGUGGACAAGCAUUGUGGAUAUUGUGUUUGUCUACGUUCAAGUAAAACAAUCACCUCUCUGGCUGAAUCUCACCUUUGUCUAUCUAGCAGGCAUAGGUGAUUCAGCACAAGGUGCUGCUAAUGCUGUCCUCUUUGUGCUACUAACCAAGAGAGUCCGGACUACAGUGUUCAGUCUGAGCUACUGGAAGUUGAAACUAAAGCUACACAGAAGCAGGUGGGAUAGUACUGAGGAUGGCGAAACAGACCCUUUCCUGACAGAGAAGGCACGAACAGUUAAUGGGCAUUCAGUAACUGAUUAUUCAACUUCUGAAAUCUAUACUCCUGCACGAGGAAGUGCUGAAGAAUCAAAUAUUUUUACAUUUCCCAUUAAAAAUGUAUAG